UGUUACCAGCAGUCCGCGUGGUGAUGACGAGGCGGAUGAUAAUGAUCCACGCUGCACGAACGUUGACAUACGCAACGAUUUGCGGCGGCUGGCCGAGAUUGAGAAUUGCACCGUGAUAAAUGGAUUCUUUCAGAUGGUUCUGAUCGAACGUGUACCGAGCGAAGAGUUCGAAAAGUACCGAUUUCCCAAGCUAAGAGAGGUGACCGGAUAUAUGCUCUUCUUUCGCGUUAUCAAUCUUACCACGCUGCGCCGGCUGUUUCCCCAGCUGGCCGUCAUCCGCGGUCAACAGUUGAUCGGUAAUUAUGCGCUGGUGUUUUACUACAUGGAGAAGAUGAUUGAGGUGGGUUUGAAAAACUUGAUCGCAAUCCAGCGUGGAUUUGUGUAUUCUCUUCACUGUCCGCAACUCUGCCAUCUUGAUACGAUUGAUUGGGCAGCAAUUAGCGGGCUGGACAAUAAUACGAAGAAUCUUAACUCGUUCGAACCGCCAAAGUCGGUGUGCAACAAGUCGGAGGUGUGCCGUUCCUGCGUACCAAAAUAUUGCUGGGGCAGCGAAAGCUGCCAAAAGUUCUACAAUGGGUACAACUUUAAUGGUCGAAUUAAAUGCCAUCCACAGUGUAUUGGAGGGUGCAAGGGAACGUCCGCAAUGGAUUGUAACGUUUGUCGCGGGUUUAAAGAAGGCAAACAGUGUGUGGAGCAAUGUUCUGCUGAUAAACUGAUGUACCGCCACACGAAACGUUGCAUCACGAAGGAAACCUGCCUAAACCGUGGCGGACUUCUCUUCAUGAACGAGUGUGUACUCGAAUGUCCCGCAGGAUACAGUGCCACCAACGUCGAUCAGGAAGAGGCCGACUUUUCCAUCCACAAAUGCUAUCCUUGCCGGCAUCGCUGCCCAAAAGUGUGCGACGGCACGGAAAUAAUGUACCUUUCCGAUGCGGAUCGCAUGCGCGGCUGUACGAUCGUUAACGGAACGCUUCACAUUCGCCUGAAAGAAGAUCAUCCCAAUCUGCUGGAAGAGCUUCGGAACGGGCUGGGUGAUAUCGAGGAGAUUAUGGGUGUGCUAAAGGUGUUCCGUUCGAACUAUAUUUCAUCGCUGGAGUUUCUUGCCAAUUUGGAAAUUAUUCACGGCCAGUACGGGAACGAAAAUUCCAACUUUUCGCUCAUGGUGUACGAAAACAGCAAUCUGCAGCGGUUGUGGAACUUUGAGCAGAAAAUUACGCUCCGCCUGAUGACGCGCAGCAUGUACUUUCGCAACAAUGAGCUGCUGUGUAAUGCGCACAUUAAGCUGUUGCAGAAAAUAGCCGAGUACGAUAAUUCGAGCGAUACGAUCGAUUGGAACUCGAACGGAUACAUGCAGGCGUGCCAUGUGCAACCGUUUCACGCCCGGUACGAGGUGGUUUCGAGCCAUGUCGUGACGGUUUACUGGUCGAAGCAUAAUCCCAAACCGCACCAUCACCGGCUGCAGGGUUAUUUGGUUUACUACAUACGAACGAACGUGAACAAGUCACCGUACGAGGGGCGUGAUUUGUGUUCUAAGUAUGGUUGGAAAUCGAGGUAUGUUUCGCUGGACAAUGUGACGAUCGAGGGAAGCUUUUAUGCGUACAAUCUUACCCGGUUGAAACCGUUCACGAGGUACGCGUUCUACGUGAAGGCUUAUUACAACGAAUCGUUUAACAGUGCGACGGAUUUGGUGGGGUUGUCCGACAUGCAGUACUUUAUGACGGCAAAGGAUCGACCGACCUCACCGCUGCACGUGCGUACGGCAAGAAAGAACGAGAGCACGAUCACACUUACCUGGCGCAUACUGACGUCGGAACAAGCGAUGGUGAUGCAGUACCAUGUGGACGUUUUCAUACAACCGGACGAAAUGCGAAAGUUUGACGAGCGGAACUAUUGUCUCGAUCCACAUCAACCGCCACGCACCGCACAGUACGGUCAAGCGUCACCGGCGGCUGUAGACAUUUGCUCGGAGGAUUCGUGCUGCAGUCAGUUUCUGUACGAGAAAGAGUUGGAAGAAGACGAUGAUGAUGAUGAGGAUGAGGAUGAGCUAACACAGCCGGAUGAUUUUUUUAGCGAACAAAAUUCAAUGGAAAAUGGUGGCCGAAUUGGUGGACGGCGAAAGAAGCGUUCCGUGAAACGGCAAGGCUCACCGUCGCCGAUGAACUUCGAGUUGAGUAUGUUGAAGCUACUGAAACAGGCCGACACGGCCGUAGACCAUUACGAGCGUCGUAUGCGCCGUGAUACGGACGAUGAGAUUGAGUUUGUAAAUCGCGUUUCCUAUCAGGAUUUCACCACGGAUAACUACGAGCACACGGUCACCGGUCUGCAACCCUUCACGCGGUACGUUUUCCAGCUGUUUGCGUGCAGUGAGAAUGAUACGAAAUCCUGCAGCUCGUACAGUUUGUACACGGAUCGUACUAAUCCUUCUCCGCAUGUUGAUCGGCUUCAUGUCACGAUCGAAACAGAAACUGCUACCAAUGCUUCAACCGUUCCGAUGACUUACACCGAUCGUAUCGUGCUGUACAUUCCCGAACCGACCGAAGUGAACGGACUGACGGUGGCGUACCGUGUUGAAGUGCAAGCCAUCAAUGGGCCGUACCUUAAACGGAGGUCGGAAUGUUUUACAAGGCUUCAACACGAAACGAAUCAGUACCGGUACACGGUUGAGCACUUGCGGCCUGGGGAGUAUAUGGUACGGGCCCAGGUAGUUUCACUUGCCGGACCGGGUCCAUUUUCGGAGUGGAUGUUUGUGCGUGUGCUGGAACCACUGGUGGAUAACAGUACGUACUCCGCAAAUACUGGACUUCGGGAUGGGUUAAUUGUGGCUGCGGUACUGCUGGUGAUUGGUAUCGGGUUGGGGUUGGCUUACUUACGUCGGGAGCGUUGGUGGCGUUGCCAGCGUCUUCGUCGUCGUCGGGGUGGAUCGAAGCGGGACGAUAAGAUUCCGCUCGCCGAUAACGAUGGCAAUCAGAUUAAUCUCGACGAUGGGUUUGUUAACUGUCCGUUGAAGUAAU